AUGGCUAGCGUCGGGCAAUCAUCUAGGAAUUCCUCUACCACUGGUGUUGCCUUCGAAUUAUUGUUCAAGUUUGUUCUCCCAUGCUCCCUCUUCCAUCCCAACUCUUCCGAUUUGAUCAGGCGGAUAAACUACCCCAAUGACCCUGUCUCCCUUUCCCAAUCCACCCCCAGAUA